AUGAGUUCAAAUCAAACUAUCCCCACCACAACGGGGCCUUUGUCCACGACGGACACGGCCAUGUUGGAGGUCCUAGUUCCCGGCUAUGGCUUCAUGUCACGCAUGUUGAUGUCCUACCUCAAUUUUGACGUCAGCGCCUACCUUCAAUUCCUAGUCGGAGUCGCUGUCUUCGGUGCAAGUGCUCGAUAUACUUUAUUCGUGAUUUGGGCAUAUUUCAAUGAGUUUUUCGUUUCAAGAGCCGAGAUUCGCCUAGACGAUGAGGCAUUUCAUUAUCUGAUGUUCUGGAUCUCACGUCAGCCGCAUAUGAAGAAUACAAAUCGAUUUAUUGCAGGCAUCAAAACCAACAGUUACUGGAGCGACAAUGAAACCGACGAGGAGGAUCUCGAAAGAGACGAGGAGGAUGAGGAUAAAACUUCCACCGGCGAGAAAAGCGAUACUUUCGAUUCUUAUUGGGCCAAGGUCACCACCCGGGACAAGUACAAGAGAAUGCAAUUUACUCCCUCCGAAGGCUGCCACUACUUCUGGUACAAGAACCGUCCGCUCAUGCUCGAGCGCAUAAACAGGGACGGGGGUGCAUGGUAUGUAAUGAACAACGAGCGGAUUUUCCUAUCUUGUCUCGGUCGGAACCCAGCGAUUUUGAAAUCACUGCUAGCAGAGGCCCAGCAGGCGUAUGUUGAGCGUGACAAGAACCGCACGGUGAUCUACCGUGGCUCGCGAGUCAACGCCGGGCAAACUUUCAACUGGUACCGGUGUAUGGCGCGGCUACCUCGUCCCCUCUCUACCGUUAUUCUUGAUCAAGAACAAAAGCAUGACUUCCUUGACGAUAUCAAGGAAUACCUGCACCCUCGCACGCGGCGCUGGUACACUAACCGUGGAAUCCCGUAUCGGCGUGGAUACCUUCUACACGGUCCUCCAGGAACUGGCAAGACGAGUCUGUGCUUUGCAGCGGCUGGACUCCUUGGAUUGAAGCUCUACGUGCUUGAUCUAAAUUCCACGGCGUUGAAUGAGGAGAGUUUAUCAGCCCUGUUCUCGGAACUACCACGCCGAUGCAUUGUCUUACUUGAAGAUGUCGAUUCAGCAGGUGUUACAAAGACGCGCGCCGCCGCACCUGCUUCUACAUCUACCCCAGAUACCCCCGCGAGCGAUGCCACUCCCAAGGUCGCCGGCGUCGAAGCAGAUGGUACAGCCACCAAAGAAGACGAUAAGAAAGGCGGAAUUACACUUUCAGGACUUCUGAACGUGAUUGAUGGUGUUGCCGCCAGUGAGGGCCGCAUCCUGAUUAUGACUACCAACCACGUAGACAAGCUCGACCCAGCUCUUCUCCGCCCUGGGCGUGUCGACAUGAAGGUCAUCUUCGGGUACACCAGCGAAGCAGAUAUCAAGGAACUUUUCACCUCGAUCUACGCCACGAUGGACAACGAUAUUUCGCACAGCGCAGCCCCAACGAUGCACAGCAAUGGUAGCAAUAGGUCAGUCAAGUAUCCGACAGCCACCAUUGUUAGUAGUACUGCCAAGGCAAAGGACGAGAUUGCCCAAAGGUCCGAGAAGAGUAACGGGAAAGUGGAAAAGGCCAAGGAGGAAGACCUGAAGGCUGUUGUAUCCCUCCGGUCCAACAUUUCCAACUUGGCGUCUCAAUUUGCUGCUAUCAUUCCGAGUGGCGAGUUUACAGCUGCGGAGAUCCAAGGAUAUCUUCUCAAUCACAAGGAGAGACCCGAGGUAGCAAUUCAGGGUGCAGCGGAGUGGGUGCAAACGGCGCGAGAUAAGAAGCGUGCUGGAGAGGGAAAAGGAGAGGGGGAGGUAGAGGCGAAGGAUAAAGCUUAG